UUUGCGGGAACGCUUACUACACAGGCACAUGCUGUUUCACUGCUGAGGAAAACGACCCACAACAACUUGGAUUUCUUGUUAAAUAAACUUAUUUAGAUUAUUCAAACAUUUUUGUAUAUUGCUGUAAAUGUCAUGCAAUGACUCUAUGGUUGUAAGCCCUGAUAUUUCAUCUUUAAAAUCAGGUUUAAUAAGUUAAGAUGGUUCGGUUAAGUGUCCUUAACUUUGUGAGGAAGACGGGGCUCCAAACUCCGUAUCGUGUUUCCCGAUUCCGGUACGUUGCUAAGGGAUCCGAGUAUCUUUUCCAAGAUCAACCCGAUGUAAAAAUUGAGCAAAAGUUUGAUGGGGAGAAGAUCCUGAGAUCCGAGAGAACAAUCCGGUUAGCUUUAAGUGGAUGCACGAAUCGACCUUUUUAUAGAAUUGUUCUAAGUCGAAAGAUGGAUGGUCGGGACACUGAGAUUGAGCAGCUCGGCAGUUUCGACCCUUUCCCCAACUUAUGGAAUGAAAAAUUCUGUGCAUUGAACUUUGAGCGCAUCAAACAUCAUCUUGCACUCGGUGCUUAUGUUGGAAAACCUGUUCGGAGACUCCUAGGACUCAGUGGUUACUUACCCCUCGAUCCCACGCUGCAUAUAUUUGCUGAAGGUUUAAGAAGAAGGAGAGAGAUAGAAAAACUUAAGGAAGAGAAAGAAAAAGAAGAAGAAACUGAUUAAUUUUUUUUUUUGAUUUUUUAUCAAUUUUGAAAUUGUACUGUUCAAACUUGUGGCAGUGGGUGUUUUAAAUUAACAAUGGUUUUCAGCUGUAAAUCAAGUGUUGGCCAAGUCAGUUGUGGACGCAUAUCAGAGAAUUUGGUUUUCUGUAUUUAACAUGUGCUGCUAAGUUACAAACAUUAUGCUCUCUUAUCACUUUUCUAGA